ACAGGUGGGACGUGACGGCGGGGUAGACGGAUUCAGGGGCACCUUCUAAUUAGGCCCAUCGUAACCUUCUCUGAAACCCCCAAUUUUAUUUAUGUCUAUAUAUACGGUCCAAAUUGUUUAUCCUCACCACUAAACCAAGUCUUGUUUCGUUGAUCCAAUCUAUUGGGAGUUUGGGAAUACUAUUGAAUUUACAGGCAAAUUGUUAUUGCUGAUCAAUUCUAAGCUUUGUAGAACAGAUUCAUGGAGUACAGUGCUUCAAUUAAGGGUUUACAGGCACCUCGUCUUAUGAGCAAGUGUGCUUCUUCUGGAAUUUCACAGGUCAGAAUUGGAGCCAGGCGAAAGCAUUCGACAAGUAUUAGGGCAUUUCAGUCUCAAAGUGCUUCCUUUUCUUCAUCAUCAUCAUCAUCAUUGUAUGAUGUUCUCUGUAUCUCUCCUGACGUGAGUGCGCGUGAUGUAAAGAAUGCAUACCGUCGGAUGGCUCUUAAAUACCAUCCAGAUAUCUGCCCUGCUGCAGAGAAAGAAGAAUGUAGCAGAUUAUUUCUUAAAGUUCAGGAGGCUUACGAGACUCUGUCAGAUCCUCUGCUCCGCCAGGAUUACGAUUGGAGACUGCAGAACAUGUUCACAGUAGGCGAGUACCAAGGCAGAUUAGAGAGUAGUCAUGUGUGGGAAGCUCAGCUGAUGGAAUUAAUUAGAAGGAAAUCGGGAAAUAACUCUUCGUCAUGGGGUAGCGGAAUGAGAAGACGAAACCAACAGGGAACUUAUGCUUGCUGAUGAUUACGGUGGAUUAUUUGAGAGUUUAUUGUAAAUUGGAUUGCAAAAUAGGGUGUUUGAGCACCUUCUAGUUGUGUAAAUAUUACUACUUUCCUGUUAAUUUCAUACGUUAUGUGAUAUUCAACUAGCAAUUUGGGGAUAAAGAAUGAUACUUAGACACCAUAUGAGGACUUUUAAACAGAACUAUCGUAAAAUGAAUAUUAUCAAUUUUUUCUCCAAAUUUGUGGAUGUCAAAUUCACCAAUUUCGUGGAUGUCAAAAUUCACCAAUUUUUUCCCUUGAUAGGUAGAACAAAGGAUCGCAAUUCAACAUCAAAUUCUACAAUAAAACGUAGUAGACAGAUUUUGUCCAUAUUUUCACUUUUCUCAUGUCAAAAUGUCUUCGAAUUGAAACGAGAUCAUGUUCAAGGCCUCAAUUUCUAAAUUUAAAACUGAAUCUGAGCUCAGAGCAAUUGAAAUGGUGUUGCCUAUAAGCCAUGGCAUAGUCGGAUGCCUUCAUUGUACCCUCAUAGAGUUGUUUCCCUUCUGCAGGGAUCUUAAAGCACAUAGUCCUUCCACGAGGCAAACUACUCCACACCCACCUUAUCCUCACAUGCCAGAAUUGUUAUUGUGUAUGCCAAGUGCGCCAAUAUUAAGGAUACACAAAAAGUGUUUGACAAAAUGUUUAACCUAAACGCAGCUUCAUGGACUGCUAUAAUAUUGAGAUAUGCGCACAUUGGAUGUUUGGGUUAAGCUCUGCAGCUCUUUCAUCAGAUGCCAGAACAAAAUUCUGUUUCGUUGACUUCACUGCCAAAUUUACAAUUUACAGUUGUGAAGCCAAAUUUGAUCACUUUGGUCAGUUUUCUCUCUGCAUAUGUUAGCUUGGAAGCACUGGAACGUAGCAAGGAAAUUUAUGGACGAAUAAUUAGAGGCGGAUAUGAAUUCGACUCCCUUGUGGAAAAUAGGUUUACAAAAACAUGGUAGCAUUGAGGAAGCAUGCAAAAUGUCUGACAAAAUGCUUACCCCAGAUGUGACCUUGUUCAAUGUUAGGAUUUGGUUUAGCUCUCAGAUAAGAACAGCAGCUGGUGUCAUAACAUAGUCAAGACUAAGUUGCAGAGCAGCGGUAUGGACUUUUACUCCUGAUGAAAAAACAUGUUUAAGAAGUCCUACUAUACAAAAUCUAUGGGAGGUGUAAGUUUUAGGGCGUGGAGUAAUCAGGUACUUAAACACACGCAUGGCGGUAUCGAAAUACAGAGCAGGGAGGUACCCCAAUUCACAUGGCUAUUAAACAAAUGAAGAGGACUGCUUUUAUUUUAAAUAAACGAGUCUCCAUCGUCACGCUCCUUGAAUCAAGGUCUUUUUGGUGUCCUAAUAGACAGCUCUAAAAUUUACAUGUUCUACCAAUAUUAUCAUAGUUGUGAUAAUAUUUGUAAAUUUAAUAUUUAAUAUUUUUAUUAUGUUGAAGACUUUUUUAAUAUGAAUUGAGGCAAGUUAAUUCUAGUGAUUAA